AUGCCAUCUUUCAAUGGUCUGACCACUAGCGAAGAGGUCAUCGAAGCCUUUGCGCCGCAAAUCCAAGGCCGAACCUUUGUGAUCACCGGUGCCGGUAAACCUAGCAUCGGCGAACAAAUCGUCACCUACCUAGCAAAGGGCUCCCCUGCGCAUAUUGUCAUCGCAUCUCGCACUGAGAGCAAAGUCACGCCCGUUCUCGAGGCGAUCAGGGCAAUUGACAGCUCGAUCAAGACGUCUUUUGUCCACAUCGACCUAUCGGACCAAGACUCUGUCCGGUCCGCCGCCAAACAAAUCCUCGCCGUCGCGCCUAAGAUCGAUGUCCUGAUCAACUGCGCCGGCGUGAUGGUCGUUAAAGAAUACACGACCAGCAAGCAAGGGAUCGAAAUCCAGCUCGCGACCAACCAUAUCGGCCACUUCCUGCUCACCAACCUGCUCGUCCCGGCUCUGGAGGCAGCCGCACCCUCCCGCGUUGUCAACGUCUCUAGCUCAGGCUACCGUAUCUCCCACUUUCACUUUGACGACUGGAACUUCUCUGGCGGCAAGACCUAUGAUGGGUGGACGGGCUAUGCGCAGUCCAAAACCGCCAAUAUCCUGUUCUCAAUCGGCUUCACGAACCGCAUCAAACACCGCGGUAUCACCUCGACGUCUCUCCAUCCCGGAUAUAACCUGGAGACCGAGCUGGGUACUCAUCUGGGUCCUGACGAUUAUGCGCUGAUCGACCCCAUUAUCAAGCGCAACACCGGCAACGAGUUCGUGUUCGAAGAGCCCCGAUUCAAAACUCUGUCGCAGAUUGCGGCCACGGCGCUGAUCGCAACGCUUGACCCUGAGUUACCUGACAAGUCGCCGGCUUUCUUGCAGAAUAGCCAAAUUGACAGGCCGGAUGCGCAUGCUACGGAUGCCGAGGCCGUCGAGAAGUUGUGGCAGUUGAGUGAGGAGAUCGUGGGGCAGAAGUUCGAGUACUAG